CGUUGGCGGAUGUGACACCGGGGAUCAGGCAGUCCGCAGAUCCUCCUCCAGCAGCGCGCAAUGAUCCAGCACAUUCGUCCUGGACAGAGCUGCAUGCUGUGGAUCCGAUCACACCGUCACGGUUCCGCGUAAAGCUUGAAUUUUCUUUACAUACCAAACGACCGGUGGCUCUUUUAAGUCGAAGACGCAGUUUUUUUGUUUUCAGAGGUGUGUCUUCCUGCAGCAGAUAGAGGGGAUUUCCCUCGGUGUUCAGCCACAGGCUCACCUGCAGAGACAGGACCAUGCGCUCCCAGGCUGCGCUUCCCCGGUUUGGCUCCCUUUUGUGUCUCCUUUUCCUCCCCUCUGUUUUGUCCUCCUCUUCUCGGCGUCAAUGGAUUCUCCAGCGUAUCCCUGUGGUCCUGCCCCAGCAAACAGAGGCUGGGCCGACCCCGCAUUUUGUGAAUGAGGCCCGCCUGGAUGUUGCCUCCCCCUGUGACCCUGAAUGCCACAAGAAAGCCCCUCGUCCCAGCUACUGGGAUUUGCGCAGCUUUUUGGCCUACGAGACUCUCCACUCUAAUGGUCAACUCACAGAGACUGCUGUUGGGAUUUAUGGUUACAGUCCAUAUGCCAGUACCAGUCCAGCUCACUCCUCUGGGUCUUCUGUUAAGGCUAAGGGGUCCCAUGUCAGAAGAAAACGACAGAUAUUUGGACAUGAUGGACGUUUCAGUAUUGCAGGGCAGAACUUCCUACUCAAGUACCCCUUCUCGGUGGCGGUCAAACUGUCCACUGGAUGUUCCGGUACACUAGUGGGGGAACGACAUGUUCUGACAGCGGCUCAUUGUGUCCAUGACGGCAAAAACUAUGUGAAAGGAGCCCAGAGGCUUCGGGUUGGCUUUUUGAAGUCAAAGCAACGGGAUACACAAGAUCCAUCUGUCUACCUUCCCUCUAACUUCACCAAUCACAUAGAGGGAGGUGCUGCUCAAUACUCCCCACCUGUCAAUGACAAAAUGAAGUUCCAAUGGAUCAGAGCCAAGCGCACCCAUGUUCCUAAAGGUUGGAUUAAAGGAAAUGCAAAUGAAAUCGGGAUGGACUACGACUACGCUUUACUGGAAUUGAAAAAACCACACAAACGUCGCCACAUGAAGCUGGGAGUCAGCCCCCCAGCUCAGAGACUUCCUGGCCGUCGUGUCCACUUCUCAGGAUUUGACAACGACCGCCCAGGACAGCUGGUGUAUCGCUUCUGUCAGGCUGGUGAGGAGACGUCGGAUUUGCUGUACCAACACUGUGAUGCUCAGCCUGGGGCCAGCGGCUCUGGAGUCUAUGCCCGGAUGUGGGAUGGGCGGCGCCGGCGUUGGGAGCGAAAGGUGAUAGGUGUGUUUUCGGGCCACCAGUGGGUAGAGAAGAAAGGAACAUCUCAGGAAUUUAAUGUGGCAGUGAGAAUCACACCUCUUAAAUAUGCACAGAUUUGCUACUGGAUUAAAGGAAACUUUGUGGACUGCAGAGAAGGAUGAGGAUGUCGAAAGGGAUGCAGUAACUAAAAGAACUUUGCCAUACUCUAGGAACUUUUUCAGAUUUUGUUAAGCUACAACUACAAACUUCAACACAUUUUAAGUUUGUACACAGUUGUAGUGUAAGAAAAAUGAUGCACAGUUUUCAUGAUUAUUAAAAAAAAAAACAUUUAAAGUGUGACAAUUAUGCAUAAAGCUUUACAAGGUCAAUAUUAGGUGGAACCGACCUUCAAUACAGUUACCACUGCGGCAGUCUUUGGGAAAGAUUUCUACCUGCUUUGCACAUCUAGACACUAAAAUCGUCCCAUUCUUUGCUGUGAUAGAUAAGAUGUUGAGGCCACUUGGGGCUGAACUUUCACUCGACUAAUCAGAUACAUUUGUUAAGAUCAAUAGCAUUAUAUUAUGGAUUUGGCUCUAUGCUCAGGAUUUUUUAUUUAAGCAAUAUGACUCUUAAUCUAUGGCGGCAUGACAUGGUGUCAUCAUUACCAUUUGGCUAAAUAGCAUGUCCACUCAAUGAGGUACAUUCUCCAUCUUGUGUUUUGUAUACUGCAAGCCCUCUAAAAAUAAUCUAUGUGGACCGUUUGCCAGGAAAGGAUUCUCAAAUUAGUCUAAAAAAAAACUGAUCAUACUUUAAGAAUAAGAAUACAGGUAUUACUGGUAUUAUUAAGGAUAAUACUUAUUGAAGAUUCACCACUCUGUCCUGUAGAAAGAUGGACCUUCAAGGUCUGAAGUCUUUUUUUCAGCACUGCCUUAAAACUAGUUAAGAAAUUAAAUGAAAAAUAGUUUAUUUGCUCUCCCUGCUUUUACCACCUUCUUUUGAUUCCCCUUAACCUGCCUGCUGUAUUCCUUGAGUGUUUAUGAUGCUUUAUCAGUAAUAUCCUCUUAACAGUCCUCUGAGGUGUUUACUGAACCGCUGCAUCUAAAAUGAGAUUACAUUACAGCUCGAAUCCAGAUAAUUGGAUUUCUGGAGCCAUUAUUAGCAACUGAUAACUGUCUUUUGGUAGAAUCAAGAGUAAAUGGGGCUUGAAAUAUAUUGAAAACUGUGCAUCUUUUUCCUUCCCUUUCAUAACUAUAGGCUACUCUGUGUUGGUUACAGCAAAUCCAAAUAUACUGAAGGCACUUCUCUGAGGCACUGCAUAUUCCUCUGGAAUGCUGGAACCCAGAGGAUACCAGUAUUUAUCAGCAUUUUUUGUUAACACUGAGAUUUCUAAACAAGUAUAAGUAUUCAUUUCUUUGUCCCAGUUGAGGAGAGUUAAGGCCGAAAACCUCUUUAAGAAAAAUGAAGUGAAAAUGUGUUUAUUGCUGCAACCUAAUAUUUUAGGGGAAGAGGGUAUCUGCUGUGAAAAAUUAAAGUGAGUUUUAAUGAAGUGGAAGGCAGACUGAUGGAGUGGACAUGUUCUCUUUUAUUCCAGCUAAAACUUUUGUUACUUUACUUUAAAAUGCACUGUCAAGACUUCCUUCUACUGAAAAUGUUACCUGUGGAUGAAUGUACACGUCUGUAAAACCAAAGUUGCCUUUUUCCCGUCUAUCUUGCACCUCAAAGUAGACAUAAAAGGUUUUGAUGAUCAUACUUUUUAUUUCAAUGGAGUCUAUUAAAUUCAUUUGCGUUAUGUAAUGAUUCCUGUUUAACUAGGCUUGAUUGUUGUACUCCGCCCUCUAGUGGCGACACAAAGCACUGCAUGUCUCAACAAAAACUUUCAUGUCAACAGCCUAGAUUCAGUUAAGCCUUUUUUUGUUGUUGUUUUUUUUGCUUUUCUUAAAAUCCAAGACA